AUGCGGUACUACAUUUCGCGAUAUCAAGUCUGGAUGAGCGGCUGUAAAGGUCGGUCUUUGGGAUUUCAGAGUGGUCCCUGAAGGGGUUUGGGGAGAACAACCCCUAUUGGUUCCGAAAAAGGGAUUCCCUAUAGGGGUAAACCAAGGUGGUCCCUAAAGAGGUUUCGGGUCUGACAGUUUAGAGUAUUUCGAAGAAGCUGUCCCAGAAGAAGAAGCGGUCCCUUUAGGGAUUUAGGGUUUGUUGCCCCUAUAGGGACCCCUGUGGAGUUCCAAUAGCUUCUUCGCAUAGAGUUCAGAAAAAUUAAUGACUAUCAUGUCCCCUAUAGUGACCAUUUUACCAACCCCUAGAUGGGCACUUUUGCAAGAUUUGAUGCCCCCCAUAGGGGUUGGUAAAAGUGAUCCCUAGAGGGGACCUUCCAAAGGUGGUUAAGGUUGCCCCUAUAGGGACCCCUCUGGAGUUCCAAAGGCCAGCUGAAUGGCUUGUUAGAAAAAAGCCUCUUCAGGAAAGAUGAAAUCGGCCUCGUGCGUAUUUCGGAGUUGGCGACUUGCCGACGCUGAUUCGGCAGCCACACCUCGUCGCCCACAAGUUCUACCUCGACUUUCCAACCAGCCGCCUUUUUCUGCGUCCUGAAGGUCGUCCAGUGCGACCUGCAGCUCUAAAAAGGUGUUCAGGAGAUACGUCGAAGGACCGCGCAUCCAAUCAAGCUCAAUUCGAAGCUGUACGCGUCCCUGCCGCAGGUCGAGCUCAACCGAGGCGUCCCCUUCAGCAAGCUCUCUCAUCCUCUCUGGCUUUUCUAG